AUGAUGAAAACGUUAACACGCUCAAUAUUAGACUUGACACGAUCAAGUAAGAAUGCAGUUUCUAUACAAUGUGGUCGGAGAUUUAUAAGUUCUAUAAAGGCAACAAAUUUGGACAAUGCUCUUCUGGUAUAUGGUGAAAUACCUAAUAAAUCAUACUUACAGGUUAGAGGACCAGACACAAUAGGUUUUCUCAAUGGAUUAGUUACUUCAAAGCUAUUACCAACUUUUGUUAAGAAGAAUCUAACUACAAUUGAAGUAAGUGAUGAAAAAAAUAAGAAGGACACUAAUAAUAACGAGUCCCCGGAGUUCAAUGAGAAGAAAGGCAACUGGGGAAUUUAUAACGCCGAAAGUCACAACGGGCCAUAUCUCUCACGCUUUGGUAUCUAUAGUGCGUUCUUGAAUGGUAAAGGCAAACUUGUAACGGACUCUAUAAUAUACCCAUCUCCUGGUGUAGUAAACGAUCAAACCGAAGCCAAGAUUAAGCUAUAUCCAGAAUAUCUGCUAGAGUUUGACAAGGAUAUAAUACCUCGGAUGUUAACAUCUUUUGAGUCACACAAGCUGCAUAAUAAGAUAAAAUUUGAAGAAGUUAAGAACACUAAGACAUGGGAUUUCUUCAUAUCAUUUCCAGGAUUAACUCAAAAUGAUCCAAAUCCAUGGAUAGAUAACGUUUACGUGCCUCUUACCUAUCUUAAAAACGCCGAAGCAUCAAAUGAGUUUGCGGAAUCAUUUAUAACAUCUCUAUUUCCCAAAAUCAGCAAUAAGAUAUUGGGUUUUUACAUUGAGAGAAGAACAGAAACAUUACUUAACAACGAUGGUACAGCACCACAAUUCUUCAGGAUUGUAACUACUGAAGAUGUCGAUAAUGCAUUUGACGCAUUCAAUUCUGAAGCUUUCCCUUUUACAUUUGAGAAAUUGGAAAAGGAUAGCAGUUUCUUCAAACAAUGUAAGCUUCAGUAUGGGUUUUUGGAUGGCUCAGAUGCCAUCCAACCGGAUAGUUUGAUGCCACUUGAAUUAAACUUCGACUAUUUUCCUAAUACUGUCAGCAAUAACAAAGGUUGUUAUGUGGGACAAGAACUAACUGCAAGAACAUACUCUACAGGUAUCCUGAGGAAAAGACUAAUUCCUAUUGAAUUCGAAAACUUGUCAGAGCAAGCGGUUAAACUAUUAAAUGAAUGUGAUAAAUAUCCUGACAUUGAAGUAGAGGUUGAUCCCAAAAACCAAGAGCCAGAACCACUGCAAUCUACCGCACCAUCACCAUUUGGCAACUCUCCAUUCGGCAAUGCUAGUACCAAACUGAGACAAAGAAAAAAAGCCGCUGGUACGCUGAUAUCAUUUGAUGGUAAAUACGGUAUUGCACUUUUCAGAAUCGAGCACUUUAAAAAUAUUUACGAUACUCCUACACCUUCCAAGUUUUUCUUGACUAUAGGCCAAGAGAAAAUCGACGUUACACCACAAAGACCAAUUUGGUACAAUGAGUGGAAAAGCAGUCAGUAA